AUGACUAUGGUCAUCGAAAACCGAAACCGCCAGUAUGGCGGUGGGAUGGGCUACGACAAUGCGUUUCACAGUCAGGUUCAUCCCAGCACGCCCCAAUUCAAUGAACCUUGGGCAGCGCAUUCAUCCCCUCAUCCUCCGCAGCCGAUCUAUCCUACAUCUAUGCCCGCAAGCUCUGUCGCACUGAAUCACCCUGUAAAGCGCGCGGAAGUUUCUCGACCUACGGCUAUCUCCAUGCCAUAUUCAGCUGUGCCGGUGCCCGCGCCAUCAAUUUCCCCAAGCAGUAAUUACAACCCUGCUUCUACUUACCCUGGUUCGGAACAGAUCAUUGUUCUGCCUCCAGAGAUUCCACGGACUACCUUUGAUCAAGCCCAAGGCUAUACUUCGGUAUCGCCAAUAACUUCAUUCACUCCCGCUAACUAUCCGCCCAUGGACUAUGCGCAAUCACUGCAGCACCAGCACCAACACCAGCACCAGCAACAACAGCAACACCAUCACCAACACUCAAAUUCAAGAAAUAUGCCUCAAGGCAACGAGCCUCCGUCGCAAGCUGUUCCAUCGCAACCACAACCGGCAUCCACAUAUGGAGAUGCCUUAGAUGCUAGCCGUGGAAUGGUUGCCCUGAGUCAAGAUCUCGCAACUCCGCGAAAUAUGUAUGGCUCUCAGAGUGCUAGAGGACCUAGAGAGGCCUACGGAUUCCCCGCGACACAUUCUUCAGCCUCGUCAAUUUCGUCUGCGGGCAAUUAUCCAUAUUACAGUGCGUCAGUUGUCUCUGUCGAUUCUUCCGUCACCGACUACAGCUCCACAACUUCAGAAUCUUAUGAUGGUAUGCCAUCGCGAACGCUCCCGCGACCGUCCAACCUGAUCCACGGUUCCAUGUCUGGGCCUCAGUCAAUGAUGAGCCAGUUCAGCUCAAAAGUCCCGUCAAACACUCAGAAGAAGCACAAGUGUAAAGUCUGCGAUAAAAGAUUCACCCGCCCUUCCUCCUUGCAGACUCACAUGUACAGUCACACGGGUGAAAAACGCAAACGUUGCAAGUAUGCCGUGGGAAAAUAA